UCACAGAACCUCAUAGAACCUCAACCUGACAAGUCAAACCCUACUCCGACCUCCUAUCAUGGCAGAUAUCUGUUGCUCUCCUAGCACCAGUGAGUUCACGUGCUUCCCCAAACUUCCGCGCGAGAUCCAGGUUCAAAUGUCGGAUAUGGCAACCUACACCCAAGCAGAUUCACACCCACCUCGCAUCCACCCCAUCGCCUCAGACCUCGACACCCGGCAUCCUCCAAGCCUGGAUUCGGACCUACGAUCCGUCCGAGGUCGUUCUAUCCCGAAAUCCAGCUCCGCCUUGCCCACCGGAGCCACACACUCCCCGCACUGUUCUCCACCUGUCUGUAAUCACGUGAUUUAAUCAAAAAGCAAUAUUCCGUGUGAGAGAAGAAGGGCGGAGGAUAUGACUACGUGGAGAAGGAGAAGGACGUACUGUACUUUUCUGGGGAGGAUGAUUGUCGUGUUUAGUAUGCAUUGUGACAAGAGGUUGAGCGAGGAUGGUGAGUUUGUGAAUCUAGUGAGGAAACCUUAAACGCUAGGAUAC